CCGGUCGCCGCGGGGAUGGGCUGUGCGCCGGUGAGCGGGUGGCGGAGCGGCUGGGCGAAGUUGUGCCGCACGCACCGGACCGCUGUCCGCUCCCCCGGGGCGCAGAGGCCCCGCGCGCGUGGCGGGGUGGGGGGAGGCUCUGCUCCCCCCCCCCCCCCCCCCCCCGAGCCCAAGCUGAGCUCGCUCCGGGAUCUGUGGCGAGGGGCGGGGAGGAGGCGGCCGAGACGCGAGGGAGGAGGCAGCGCUGCGAGAGCUGGUGGGACCGUCCCGCCGACCACCGAAGGGGGCAUCCGAGACCCUCGGAAAAACGAAGCCCGGGGAGGAGCUUGGAAGGCAAGGAGAAGGGGUCCCUGGUCCCGUCCCUUGUCCUGUUCUUCCCGGAUGGAACAAGAAGAUAAACAGGGUGUGUGUGAAGCCCAGGACUCAGAAGACGAGGGGAUGGGCUCUGAUUUUGAGAACUCUGAAGACAGGGAACGGGACCCAGAAGAAACGGGAAUGGGCUCUAAUCCACAGGAUGCACUCAAGAGACAAGACCACCCAGAGCCAAAGAUGGGCUCCAACCCACAGGAUGCAGCUCUAGGAAGGGACCCAGAGGCGAGGGAACUGGUGUCUGACAUCUGCCCAGAGGGGCUGCUGAGUGAGGAAGAAGGGGCUGCUCUCCGCGAGGAAGAAGAUUACCCAUCUGGUGUAGCUGAGAUGGCGAUGUUCCCGGGACUGUCUGAGUCGGACAGCAUUUCCCGCAGCCCCCGGGAAGAGGAGGAGGAGGAGGAGAGCGCUGGGGAGAACCCGCUAGACGAAGAGGAGCAGCCACCCCCUCCCAUGCUUCCCUGGCGGCGGCACCUCUCCCUGGGGAGUCGGCACCGGAGCGACAAGCCUGCCCACCGCCGCUUCCGCCGGCUCCACCAUCCCAUGGCCAUGGACCUCGGGGAGCUCGACAGCCUGAUGGCCAGCAUCAUGGACGCGCCCACCAUCUGCCCCGACUGCGGGGAGAGCUUCAGCCCCGGCGCCGCCUUCCUGCAGCACCAGCGCAUCCACCGCCUGGCCGAGGCCGCCGCCGCCGCCAGCCUGGAGCCCUUCGGCUUCGCGGGCGAGUGCGGCGCGGUAGUGGGGAUGGUGGGCGUGGGCGUGGGCGUGGCGGGGGGCUUUGGGGCGGGGCCCGCGCUGGCCCGGCCCCCGCGAGAGAAGCCCUUCCGCUGCGGGGAGUGCGGCAAGGGCUUCAGCCGCAACACCUACCUGACCAAUCACCUGCGCCUGCACACGGGCGAGCGGCCCAACCUGUGCGCCGACUGCGGCAAGAGCUUCAGCUGGCGCGCCGACCUGCUCAAGCACCGGCGCCUGCACACGGGCGAGAAGCCCUACCCCUGCCCCGAGUGCGGCGAGGCCUUCAGUCUCAGCUCGCACCUGCUGAGCCACCGGCGCGCGCACGCGGCGGCCAGCGGCGCGGGGGCGGCAGCGCUGCGGCCCUUCGCCUGCGGCGAGUGCGGCAAGGGCUUCGUGCGCCGCUCGCACCUGGCCAACCACCAGCGCAUCCACACGGGCGAGAAGCCGCACGGCUGCGGCGAGUGCGGCAAGCGCUUCAGCUGGCGUUCGGACCUGGUGAAGCACCAGCGCGUGCACACGGGCGAGAAGCCCUACAUGUGCUCCGAAUGCGGCGAGACCUUCAGCGUCAGCUCGCACCUCUUCACGCACAAGCGCACGCACUCUGGCGAGCGGCCCUACGUGUGCCGCGAGUGUGGCAAGGGCUUCGGGCGCAACUCGCACCUGGUGAACCACCUGCGCGUGCACACGGGCGAGAAGCCCUUCCGCUGCGGCCAGUGCGAGAAGCGAUUCAGCGACUUCUCGACGCUCACGCAGCACCAGCGCACGCACACGGGCGAGAAGCCCUACACGUGCAUCGAGUGCGGCAAGAGCUUCAUCCAGAGCUCACACCUGAUCCGCCACCGCCGCAUCCACACCGGCAACAAGCCGCACAAGUGUGCGGGCUGCGGCAAGGGCUUCCGCUACAAAACGCACCUCGCGCAACACCAGAAGCUGCACCUGUGUUAGGGCUGGGCGAGGCUGCCCUGGGGGUGGGGUGGGGGGAGCAUGCGGGGAAUAGAUGUUCUGGGGAUAGGCCAUGUAGAAAGAAAUGGGAAGGGGCGGGAGGGGCAAUCGGAGAGUGACGGGGGAGUCUUUUGGUGUUAGGGGGUCUUGAAGGGGAGGGUUGACUAAGCGUUGUUUGGGGGUGUUAUAUUUUGCCUGCCUCCUCCCCCAGGAGGGCACGCUUGGGGGAGAUGUGCUUGAGCGCGAAGACUUCUUCAGGUGCACGCAGUAGGGGGUGAAGAGCACAGGGGCGGGGUGGGGGGGAGCAGGCGCUUUGAGGACCUUGAAGAAGGGGGGGCGGGGUGGGGGAGUGAACAGGAUGGCAGGCAAUAGGGUAGGUAGGGUGGUGAUGGCCUGUGAAAAUCGGGAGAGGGCGUGGUUAGAGUGAGGAUUAUGGGAUAAAAGGAUGGUAUGAAUAAUUCUAUCCUGGUCUCACCAGGCGUUAAGUCAGUGUUGGAACCCUGCCCCCCCCCCCCCCAACAGCUGUAGUCCCAUGAAAAGUAGACGAAACCUUGUCGAUCCUAUGAGGGAGGAUAUUUUAUAUAUUCUUCCCUUCUUUUCUCUGAGCCACAGUUAGCUGCUAUUUUGAGGCAUCCAGGGGAAACUGGGCAGGAAAGCUACACACUGUUUUCAAACGCAACACUGAAGUUUAGAAAUGUGUUCGUAACUGGUUUUAAGAUGACCUGGGUAAGCUUGGUCCUGCCCCUGGCUCUUUAUUACUUCCUUUAAAAUAGUCUAGCUCCAUGCUAGGUCAAGGUGGUCCAUGUGGAAGUCCGGUGUGUGCCAAGCCGGGUAUUUGAGGUCUCACUUGUGAGAUUCUAAGUGCAGAAAAAUGAAACAGUCCCGGCUGUGUGUGACUUUCCCUUUCCCAGGUCAACAUGAUGCUUGUUUCAGACCAGUGACCUGCUACAGAAGUCAACCAGCUCAGAGUUUUGCUAGCCUUACAUCAGAAAUCCGGGAAAGCAAAUGGUCACAUGUUGGGGUACAAGGCUUCUUUGUCUCAUUUGCCUUCACUCUGUAUCCAGUGCACCCCUCCCACCUUGGUAGUAAUGGAGGAGGGAAUAGAACAGCCACCUCUAUCCAUUUUGAUAUGGGCUUUUGGUCUGAGUAGAAAUUUCUUUUUGUUACACAGGGAGGCACAGUAGAAAGCUUAAGGCUUUACACCUGGAGGGCACAAGCAGGGAGAGGUGUAAAUGCAACAUUGCCAAAUAGCACAAGCAAUGAAUGUUUUCUGGUUGUUAUAUGAAUGCCAAAACAGCACUUUUAUAUUUGUAAAGUGCUUUAUGCUUUUUAAUGAUUGUUAGUUGUUUCUCACAUCUUUGUGAGGUAGAUCAGUAUUAUGAUCGUAGGGAAGGCCUGGGGACAAGAGUACAGCAGGCUGUUCUGAAGAGAGGCUGAUGACCGUAGGGAUAGGUACGGCCUGACCUUUUGUGCUCUCCAGCUCAGCUGCUAGAAGACAACCUGUCAUGAUUUAUGUAAUAAAGACACUGAAAAUUCUUCUGCUUUAUGGAAAACUUAAGGCUAGUCUAGAAGGGCCAAAGAUGUCCUUGUUGACAAAGCUGGUCUUUGUCACGCAAUUAGGGUGUCUUAGGUUUGUUGUAUUUCUAGUAGGGCUGUAGUUAGAUGACUGUUAAACAGAUUUCGGUUACCUGUGCUGAAAACCCCGCCCCUGGUUUAGCCUCUAGAAGUUAGAGUUGUGGAAAGCAGUGUUGUUUUCCUCACCAGUGAUCGUGAGUUGUCCUGUACCUUUCAUGGAAGCAUCUUCACAAGCUGUUGGACGCACUUGAAGGAGAAGAAGAAAAAUUGCAAGAUUGUUUUUAUGGUUUUAGCAAAGUUUCUGUGGAUGCUGGUAUUUUAUACUUGAUCAGUUGUGUUUUAGCCAAGAACCUCUUUGGGGACUGUAGGAAAGCAUGUUUUUGUCCUUAUGAAAACACUUUCUUAAAAAAGUCUUGAGACUUCUGGGCUUAAUGUAAUGCCUGUCGAUCUUGCCCUCUUAAUCAGUUUAUUGUCACUUACAAAUGCAAAUAAUACAGAUUUUCAAAAGAUAGAUAAUUUUGGAAGACACUAAUUCUUUAUUUUCUUUUAGUACUCGACAGCACUAUGAGCAAAGUAAAUGUGCAUUAUUUAUUCCGACUCUUUACUCUGAAUACUAAGUGUGUAGGACUCCUCUGAAAAGAAUAUAGCCGAUUUGUGGGUAAUCGUAUUCCUUUGUGUGUGUGGUUUUUGUUUUUUGUUUUUUUUUUCCAUGUACAUCUACCUCUUCCAGCCGUUUUAAGUUCUCUCAAGUUCGUGCCUAUGAAAUCUCAUCUAACUUUUGAUUAUUCGGGGAUUGAUCCUCCACUUUAUGGGUUAUUUGGUGUUUUGCUGCCACUGCACAGUCAUCUAUAUUAGCUAGGUUAUGUAUGGAUGGCUUUCAAGAAAGAGGUCAACAGGGAAAGGAGAUUGAAGCUAAUAUAAAAUAACUUAGUGGCAGUGGAAAUCUUUGGAUUUCAUUGACCUCUCUUGGGUGCCAUGGAUAAGAGAGUCAGCUACUCCUUCUGUAUCCCUUUUGUGAGCAAAUCCCUUAGCAGAAGAAAACAGUCCAGCCACCAACACCCCCACUCUCAUGGUGCAUUUAAAACGUGAUUCCACUCUUAUAAUUCUUCAGGGAACAGAGCUGCAUUAGGUGACUCGAAAUGCGGUCAGGAGAUUGUUUCUCGUAUUUAGUUUGAGAAUUGUUUUUCUUCAGCCAGCGCUUGUUAACUGUGGUUCACCCUUAAAAGUGUUACUUUGAAGAUUCUUCCAUCAACUCAUUAAUGAUGGCGGAGGCAAGUGUAUCAUUUGUUUCCUGGGGAGUUUGGUCAAGUACAGGCUGCUCUUUACUUGGCGAAGCCAGGAGCAGUUUAAAUAGGUUAAAUGGCUUGACGAAAUCUUGAGUUCUGAGUUGGAAAGAGAAGAUGAAAAGUUAACCCCUUGAGCCGUGUGGUCUCUUCAGGAUCAAGAGCCUUGUACAUAUGUGAAAAGUACAGAUUAAGAACCUGUGUUCAUAGACAAUCUGAACUGUGUUUCUGAAGUUUGUGCACAUUUUCCUUCACUGUAAUGUUAUUUUACAGCUGUUUGUUAAAAUAGUGAAUAAUUUAAUGAUCCUGAAAAUAACAGUUUUUGUGUAUGUGCUUGUAUAUGUGAGAACUGCCUUAUUUUCAGGUUGUUUUAUUUAAUGAUGGUUCCUUGGACAGCAUUCUGGUGUUCAGCCACCAAUAUGGAAUAUUGGUCAUUAAAUCCAUAUCAGUCUUUCCCCA